UCCAGCGCAGCCGGGAGGCCGGGCAGAUGCGGGGCGGCGCGGCGGCGGUCAGCAGGUGGCGAACCCACGGCCAGGCUUCCGUGGCGAGCAGCCCUAGAGGAAUGACCGUCCUGUCCCUGAGAGCCCCUGGGCCCUGGCAGGCGAUCCAGGUAUGGGCAGACAGGGCGCUGUUGACUCCGCACACCGCGGUGACUUCUCAGGUUCUGGGGGUGGCAGCUGCAGUGGUGACACCACUUCCUGGUGGUCACACCGCGGGCAGGGCGCGGGAGGCCAGGUGGGAUGCUAUGGAAUAUGAUGAGAAGCUGGCCCGGUUCCGGCAGGCACACCUCAACCCCUUCAACAAGCAGUCUGGGCCAAGACAGCAUGAGCAGGGCCCUGGGGAGGAGGCCCCGGACAUCACUCCUGAAGAGGCCCUGCCUGAGCUGCCCCCUGGGGAGCCAGAGUUCCGCUGCCCUGAACGCGUGAUGGAUCUCGGCCUGUCUGAGGACCACUUCUCCCGCCCUGUGGGUCUGUUCCUGGCCUCUGACGUCCAGCAGCUGCAGCAGGCGAUCGAGGAGUGCAAGCAGGUGAUUCUGGAGCUGCCUGAGCAGUCUGAGAAGCAGAAGGAUGCCGUGGUGCGUCUCAUCCACCUCCGGCUGAAGCUCCAGGAGCUGAAGGACCCCAAUGAGGAUGAGCCAAACAUCCGAGUGCUCCUUGAGCACCGCUUCUACAAGGAGAAGAGCAAGAGCGUCAAGCAGACCUGUGACAAGUGUAACACCAUCAUCUGGGGGCUCAUCCAGACCUGGUACACCUGCACAGGGUGUUAUUACCGCUGUCACAGCAAGUGCUUGAACCUCAUCUCCAAACCCUGUGUGAGCUCCAAAGUCAGCCACCAAGCGGAAUACGAGCUGAACAUCUGUCCUGAGACAGGGCUGGACAGCCAGGAUUACCGCUGUGCCGAGUGCCGGGCACCCAUCUCUCUGCGGGGUGUGCCCAGUGAGGCCAGGCAGUGUGACUACACCGGCCAGUACUACUGCAGCCACUGCCACUGGAACGACCUGGCUGUCAUCCCUGCACGCGUGGUGCACAACUGGGACUUUGAGCCUCGAAAGGUAUCUCGCUGCAGCAUGCGCUACCUGGCGCUGAUGGUGUCUCGGCCCGUGCUCAGGCUCCGGGAGAUCAACCCUCUGCUGUUCAACUACGUGGAGGAGCUGGUGGAGAUUCGCAAGCUGCGCCAGGACAUCCUGCUCAUGAAGCCGUACUUCAUCACAUGCAGGGAGGCCAUGGAGGCUCGUCUGUUGCUGCAGCUCCAGGAUCGGCAGCAUUUUGUGGAGAACGACGAGAUGUACUCUGUCCAGGACCUCCUGGACGUGCAUGCCGGCCGUCUGGGCUGCUCGCUCACCGAGAUCCACACGCUCUUCGCCAAGCACAUCAAGCUGGACUGCGAGCGGUGCCAGGCCAAGGGCUUCGUGUGUGAGCUCUGCAGAGAGGGCGAUGUGCUGUUCCCGUUCGACAGCCACACGUCUGUGUGCACUGACUGCUCUGCCGUCUUCCACAGGGACUGCUACUACGACAACUCCACCACGUGCCCCAAGUGUGCCCGGCUCAGCCUGAGGAAGCAGUCGCUCUUCCAGGAGCCAGGUCCCGACGUGGAGGCCUAGCACUGAGGAAGCGUGCUGGGCACCCUGCCUGGCCCGCCGGGACCCACCCUGCCAACGUCAAGUUGUUCGUCCUGCUCUGGAGACCCCUGGGGUGUGGCCCCUGGACCCCUCCACCCCUGCUGGGUGGGCAGUGUCGAGGACCGAGGGGGUGGGUAGUGUCAGGGACCGUUGUCUCCCAGGUGCUUGCUGGGACUCGGGGCGGCCGCACCUGGGUGUGCUGCUGUGAGGGGUCCUUGCGUGGCCCCCAUCCUUCCCCCAAUGGGCAGGGAGUUGGGGGGACAUCUCACCUCCCCCAUGGCACAGAACCCUCCACACCCCUGGACCAGGGCAUCUGGGCCCUAGAGAUUCCACAGCUCCCGUCCUGGCCACCCUGGAAACUCAUCAGGCCAAGACUCCGAGAGAGCUUCAGAGGAGAGUUGAGUAACACCUGAGGAUGUGGCUGCACACACCCAGCCGAGGGCUGAGUCUCACCUGCAGUGGGGUUUCGGCUCUGCCUGGAGGCUCCAUCCCUUUCAGCCACUCGGGGACUUCCGGUUGUCCCCAGCUCGGGCUGUUCACAGUUGUCACCUGUAGACCUGCCUCUACCCUGGCCUGAGAUUCAAAGGCCUCACUGGGUGGUCAGUCCAGUGGGGUUACCUGUUGUUUCUGUACAGCAGCAGGGACGGGGGCCGUGGAGCUUUUCCCUGCUGGGCGCUCCUGCCUUGGCCCAGCCCCUUUCCUGGUGCUCCAAGCUGGGAGGCCGUGGCCCCAGCCUGAGGAGGGUGUCCUGGCUUCCAGGUGUGGAGCAGGGACUAUGUGCUGUGGGAGGUUUCAGUGAGGCGAUGGAAUCCUACAGGGGUCCGGUGGCAUUUCUUGGAACCAGAUUUGCCUGAGGAACUCGGUCCUGCUGCCUGUGGAGGCCUCUAGAUAGCUCGGGAACGACCAGCCAGUGGCCUUUUGUUUGGGGGCCUGAGGUCAAGAGCUGGGAGUAUUUGCUCGACAGCCCAUUCAGGAAGAUCAGGGCAGGGGCGUGUGGGAGGUCCCUCACUCCACAGGACAGAGGCCCCUGGACAGCAGAGGAAACCUACGGCUCUGGGUGAGGGGACACUUGGCUUUGGUGUUUGCACUUUACGGAUCCUGCGGUCCACGAGGGGCCUCAGGAGAGGACAUGUCAGGACAUGGCUUCCCAGCCUCCUACCGUGGGAAGUGGGGGUGCUCCUGUCUGUCCUUUUCCCCCACACCCUGGACUGCACUUGGCUGUUGGUGCACAUGGUUGGCACACAUGGUGGGCAGAGGGCAGAGAAUGUCACUGCUUGGAUAUUUGUCCCCUUUGACCAGGAAGCCCAAGAGGAGACACCUCAGCCAGCAGAAAGGCCACCCAGCUCACUGGCUCAUUCCAGGAGCGGGAGACACGGCAGGGUCUCCUCUUUGCCCUCCGCCAUCAGGAAGGGGAUGGUGUCCUCUCCCCACUGUGGUGGCUUUAGGCGAGGUUCUUACUGUCUGCUCUGCCUCGGUUUCCCCAUCUGGAAAAUGGGGGCAGGGGUACUGACCUACCUCAGGUGGCAAGGUGAGCAGGGAACAUGUUGGAGUCCUUUAGAGAGUGUGAUGUGAGGUUGGAUCAACAGUGUGUGUUCCUGUCCUGCUUCCCCUUCCUCUUUGGGGCUGAGGAGGGGGUUAAAGGCCAAAUGCUGUUUCCCAACACCCCGAAGUCUGCACACGUCUCAUGAAUGCAUCAUACUUCUGUCAUAUGGAUAUUAGCCAUUCCGAAAUCUGUGUAAUCAACUUCACAUUAUUCAAGUUUCAAAUCACUGUGUCCGUAGAAAAAUUAUACUGGCAUUUGCUGGACAAAGGGUUGGGCCCCUUUUAUUUUUACCUGCCACCCAGCAUCUCCCCCACCUGCCCCUUCUGGGUGACACAGUCUGUAAACAGAAUCAUGUAAGGGUCUUUGUCUGAGUCUGUAGCACAGCAGGAGAAGCCCAGCAAGGACCCAGUUUGCACCUGAGGGAUGCCCAGUUGUAACAAUGCUGCUGUCACUGUCUCAUUAAAUAUAUGUCCUUUC